AUGAAUACUUUGAACAGGAGUGCUCUUUGGCGUUCUUGCGGUCGUGCUAGUGGACAUAUGGCUUAUAAGUAUUAUAAAAAUUCACUAAAUGCAGACUUUUAUAUUCGGUGGACGAAUCGACAGCCUAUUCCAAGCGCAUCUACAUAUAAUAUACCUCCAUGUCCGUGUGAAGUUAAACCGAGUUUCGAUAAAGAGUUCACAGAAUUCGAUAUUAUAUUUGAGCAGAAUGGUGCAUGUAAUCCGAUUUCGGCACCAGACUGCACAUACCACAAAGGCGCUAAAGGCUGUUAUCGUGCCGGUUACGAGUCUUCUGGUGCUGGAGCACAAUGUUGCUAUCGAGAUAAUGGUCAAUGGGAAGAUAAUCCCUUCAAGGGUGCCGGAACUAUAGAUAAAUAUUAUGGUUCUGGCCUCAACAUUGGUCAGUAUUUCGGUCAUUUCAUAGACGAUGUUCUACCAUUUGAAGCCUGUUGCAAAGAGAUCACCUCGACUUUAUGUGGCAAUUACUUUUGUAAACGUCCACCGUCAACCACAGGUAAGUGUGAAAAUCCGACACCACCACGUCCGACCGGUGGCAAUUGUGAUCCCCAUUUCACGACACUUGACAGUUUUAACUAUACGUUCAACGGAUACGGAGAAUACACUCUUAUUCAAACAACCGUUUUACAAGUACAAGUGAGACUAGAACCAGUCGAUGCUGAAUCAGCUAGCAAUCGUGCAACAGCAAUUAUGGCAUUUAUUAUAAAAAAUGCGAACUUUUCGACAGUGCAGUUUGAGUUAUUCCCAUCUUUAAAUACCACUGAAAUAAGGGUGAACAGUCGUCUACUAGAUUUGGAUCGAGCUCCAAUUCUGCCUUCGACGAAUAAUUUCGACAAUGACCAAUUCUUGCUAACAAAAUCGAAUCUAACCAUAUACAAGAUAACCUUUGCAAAUAAUAUCAGUUUUAUUAUUCAUAUCUGCGAACAAUAUGAUUUUUUAAAUCUACUUGCAUUAUUACCACCACAUUUACAAUAUCAGGGUUUACUUGGAAAUAUGGAUAUGAACAAGAGAAAUGAUUUAGUUUUUCCUAAUGGAACCAUUCUUGACUCGGAUAGUAGCGAACAGGCUAUUUUCAAAUUUAGUGAGUCGUGGCGAACGAUCGAGCGAGCGUCUAUCUUCUACUAUUUGAGUAAUGAUAAACACGCUAAUCAUCAAAAUGUGACAUAUCGACCAACAUUUACACAAAAGCUAUUCCAAAAAUAUCAAAAUACGUCUCGAUUUACAACGGCUGAAGAGAGUUGUUAUCAUCUUAAAUCGACAGUGAUUCAACGCCAAUGUGUUUACGAUAUUUUAAUUACAAAUGAUGUCACAAUGAGCGAAAUGCACACAAAUUUUCAAUCAAAUAUCCAAGAAUGGAAAGAAUUUGCUGAGUUCGUCGAGUUUCAAAGUCAACUAACAACGCCUGAUUUUGCCGUAAUUACAACAAACGACGAGAUUACAAUUCUGACGUCAAAUGUGCCAAUAGCAACGCCAUUAGUCACAACGAUAUCUGAAGGGGAAAAUGUUACAGCAGUAAAUCAAUUAAGUACACAUAGCGAUGCACCAAUCGGUCAUUACAAUAACGGCUUAUUUUUGGUAUUAUUAACGCUCCUGUUUUUUUACUACAUUUAA